GAACCUCUCUGUCGAUCAGUGCGGUUGCUUCUCCGCGUCCCUCCACGUGGAAGCCCGAGUCAGUGCAAGUCGAACCGGUCUCACACACCGAGGCAACACAGACCUACACCCUGCCGCCGAGAACAGCACCUCAUCACCCCAUCACAACUCACCAGUACCGACACACACACCAUCACCAUGGCAGCCACCACCACGGUCGAGGUACCACACCUCGGCGGCAUCAAGGCCGGCUACGCCCUCUCCGGCGGGACCUACGACCCAUCCAAGCCGACCUGCGUGCUCAUCAACUCCAUGUGCACGACAGUGUCACUCUACCGGGAGCAAUUCAGCGACGCCUCCCUCACAAACACACUCAACCUACUAGCCAUCGAACCACUCGGCCACGGCGCGACCAGCUGCGCGACGGAGCACUUCACCUACUGGGACACGGCGGUCAUGGCGCUGCAGGUGAUGGACAAGCUCGGGGUCGGCAGGGCCUUCGCGCUCGGCACCAGCCAGGGCGGCUGGAUGGUCGCGCGCAUGGCCCUGCUCGCCCCGGACCGCAUCCAGGGCCUCAUGCUGCUCGGUACGUCGAUGGACUACGAGUCGGCCGACUCGCGCGGCAAGGGGUGCUGGGAUCCCAAGACGCUGCUGGAGCCCUUCUUUGAGAAGUGGUGCAGCACGACGCCGACGCCGGAUUUUGUGGUUGAUGAUGUCUGGUGUGGCAUGGUCGCGUCGCUGGGUUUUGGUGCUGGCGGUACCGCCGAGAUGGUUGCGUUCUGGACUGAGACGCUGAAGGAGAUAUACAAGGGCGAUGAGGGCAGGAAGAAGGUCAAGAUGGCGCUGGCGUGCCUGCUGGACAGGGAUGGGCUUUGCCGCAGGGUCAGGGAUAUUACUUGCCCCGUGUACUGGCUACAGGGAACCGACGAUGCGCCGUUCGGGACGACGGUCCCUGCUGAACAGAUCAAGCUGUUCACCUCAUCCAAGGAGGCCACCCUCACCAUGAUCCAAGGCGGCCAUCAUUACUUGAACGCGACGAACCCCAAGGAGGUCGGGGCCAGUCUGCUCCAGAUGGUCAACAAGUACAAGUGAAUUAAUCACCACGAAAAAGAGAUACACAAUACCUGCUCAACCCUUCAGGGCAUAAUACAAGACCGUGCCGGGCGGUAAAUACUGUUCUGGUCAGAGACUCGGCUGGCUCACCCAAGAUCUCAAGCGAACUAAUUCUGGUAUCCCCAAACGCAGUCUUGCGGUCUACGGGUCUCGAGCAGUUGUUCCUUUCCUUGGUCACAACACUAGGUACCUAGUCCUCGGUACCUCAUGUCGGACACCGUCCUACCACUGUAGCUAGAGAUGAAGGCUGGACCCGAACCCGGUUUUGGCAACGCGAGGGAAGAUGGGGUACGUACCUAGUUAGCCACCGUUGAUAAGCUCCGCGCUCUUGAUACAGGCCUCAGCGGCCCUUCAUAUCCAG